AGAAUGAAGCGAAAAGCUGAAAUUAGUACUAUACAGCUGGAAGGGGAUUUAAAUGAAAGUCGUCGUUUAAUGAAUGUAAUGAUGGAUGAUUUCACCAGUGACUUUACUUUGUCACCGAUUUCUCGAAGCAAAUUGCAAUGUUUUGUGGAACACCUUAAGUCACUUAUUUUAUCGAAAGAUACCCACAUUGCUGAAAGUGAAUUGUCGGAUAACUCUUGGUUGCUAAAGAAGGGAAUAUGUUUCCCGUUAUCGUUGCCAUUUGGUUUAAAAGUAAGUGAGUUGAAAUGUCAUGGUAAAUGCCGUUGGAAACUGCCAGAAUCUGUGAAUGUUUUUGGUUACUGGCGAAUGAAUACAAGAGAAGACGUAUUUAUUGAUAUGAAUGUUGUUAUGUCUAAGGAAUAUUUUGGUUCAAGAGAUUUCCUCAAUUUCACUUAUCAUAUUAAACGUGCCUAUUAUGUUUGUGGUGUUGCGAUCAUUUUGAAACAGGGUGAAAUAGAUCUUGAUUUCACGAUUGAAGAUCAUGAUCAAAUGAAGCCAAUGCUCAUUGCUUACAUGAAAGAAGGUAGAAAAUUUGAAAUCAACAAUCGUGCUCUACUUUCUCUUUUUUAUAUGCAGAUUAAAUUUGUAAAGAAAAAUAACAUAAAUAGAAAAAUUGGUGUCCGUAUUCAUUUUUCACCUCCUGAUUCUUUUGCGAAACCUUUUCGGUUUAGGCCAACCAACAAUAAUUUACGACCGUCGUUUUGUUUUCAAAACAAGAAAUAUGAUGAAAAUUCACCAACGCCUUUCUACAAUAAUGGAAUUAUUGCCGAUCUUGUUCGUGAUCGAUUGGAAGUUCAUUUUGAGAAUUUCUUUAAGAAAAAAGCAAUUUUUAUUAAAGCUGUAAUGCUUAUUCAGUGCUGGUUGCAAAAUCGAAAUUUCGAUAAGAGGAGCGAUGGUUUUGGUGAUUUUUUAUUAUAUGCUUGGUUCAUUUAUUUGUAUAACGAGAAGGUUAUUGGUGAACAUAUGGCGAUCAGCGAUAUUCUCAUAACUUUUUUCCAGUCAGUUGUAUCAGUUAAUUGGAAUGAUGCGCAAUUGGGAUUGGCAAAGGAUAUUGACAGUUCAUUAUAUGCGCAGUUUGGUGAAUAUUUCGAUUAUACUUUUCUCGAUGUUACGGGUUUUUAUAAUUUAGCAGCUAAUCUGAGUUGUUCUGCUUUUAACUGUAUCAAGGAUGCUGCAAAGAGUGCCAUUGUCAAGCUAAAUUCUUUUAAGGAUUUUGAUUUGCUUUUCGUCAAAGAAAUGCCUUUUACGAACUAUUUUGAUAUUUAUAUCAGGAUCAGUGUACCGGAGACUUAUAUUUCAUCAGAUCUACCAAGUCUUUUCCCCUUAGAAUAUAUUGACUGUUGCGGAAAUUACUCUCGAAUUAUAGUCAGAUAUUUAACUAAUUUGCUUCUAAAAGCUUGGAAUGAUCGUGUUGACCUUUUCGAUUUCAAACAGAUUUUUAAUCUUGGAAUAAAAUGGAAAGUAGGUGAAGGGUGGAAUCGAAAAAUUGAAAGCUUAAUCGUAGGUGCUCGAGUAAUUCAAGGAUGGAAUAAUAUUAUAACUCGUGGACCAUUUGCAAAAUCCAAUGAUGCGGUUAAAUUUCAAGAUUUCUGGGGCAAAGAUAUUUGCGAAUUACGAAAGUUUCCUGAUAAUACAAUAUGUGAAACUAUUAAAUGGUGUGAUUCAAAAUUCGCCAGUUCUGUACUUUGUCGCAUUUGUAGUCAUGUGGCUUUGCGACAUAUGAGGCUUUCUGGUCAAUUAUUAGUGCGAUCAUCGAUUCCGAAUUUUAACGGAGGCCAUUCAAGAAGUUUCACUUAUAUUACCAAUGCUUAUAAUAGAUUAUAUCAAUUUCUUCGACAGUUACAGGAUUUGCCACUGCAAAUCACGAACAUCCAUCCAAUAUCACCUCAUCUUAGGAAAACACUGUCUUUUUUUGAACUCUCAUAUUUCUCUGUUUUCGUGCAAUUUUAUAUUUCAGUUGGUCUGACAAUGGAAAGUAGUGGUAAAUGGGGUGAUAAUAGAGAAGCGGUUGCGUUAUUGAAAACUGCGUUUUAUAUCGCAUUAGCGCAAAUUCUAAAUGAACAAUUUUCCAGAGCUAUUCCGUAUCAAGAUUAUUUAAUUGUUGUACUCGACCAAGUUUUAUUCCGCCUUUCGAUUUUAUAUCAGAGGGAAGUGCAUUUAAUGCAGAAAGAUAUGAAUAGCGGUUUAAUAACCAGCGAUGAAACUUAUUUGAAAUUGCAAGAACGCGAAAUAAUCAUAAAGCCACGUUUAUCAGCCUAUUUAUACAGUGUGAGCCAACUUUAUCCUGCAUUUGCAGCGACAUGUCGAUUGGCUCAUCAGUGGCUUUCAUCACAUAUGCUAACUGAUUAUAUUAAUGACAUUAUUUUGGAGACAAUCACUGCAUAUAUAUUUGUUCAUCCGUUUACAUCCGUUCCUCCUCGAUCAUAUUAUUCCGGUUUUUUGAAUUUUCUCAUUCUUCUUUCCUCACAUAAUUGGUUAAUGAAACCUCUUAUUGUUAAUUUUAAUAACGAACUGACAGAAGAUGAAAUGAACGAAAUGGAAACUACCUUCAUUAAAAUGCGUCCAGUCUUGCCUUCUAUGGUAAUUUUUACUCCUGCCGAUUCGACAGGUAUUCGAUGGACGAGAGAAGAACCACAACCACUGAUAUUAAAGCGCAUUGUAUGUUUGGCCAGUUCGAGUGCUAUUUUACUUCAGCGAAACCUGGAUUCCAUUCCUGUUGUUAUUAAGAGUAUUUUCGCUACGGAUAUAAAUGUAUAUGAUGUCAUUAUCACCUUAAAUAAUGAACACAUUGUUCGAAAAAGGAAUAGAUGUAGAAGAUUUGUCGCUACAAAAUAUUUGCCAGUUUUCGAUUAUGAUCCUGUUGAAAAAUUUCUUCAGAGUCUACGAGCGAAUUUCGCGACAGUAGCAUUUUUCUUUUUUGAUAAAUCGAAAGAUAAUCAAAAAAGCGGAUCUAAUACUUGUGUAUCAAGCGUGACAUAUUUUACUAUGGAGAAUGAAGAAUUAUUAAAUGGUUCAAUGGUUUAUAAUGAGGUUUUUGAUGUCGAUGGUUUAAUUAUGAAAUUUAGUGGAGAUGCUAUAGAAUUAUCGCCACAAAGUGUGUCCAGUGGACAUCCUAGAUAUACAUUUUACAAAAAUGUUGCUCGUGCAGAGGAAGUUCAACGAAAGCGAAGAGCAGAAUUUUUGGAGCGUCAGAAAGAGUGUGUUUUCAUUAUCUUCAAACAUCAGAAUAUAAAUACGAGGAAUUUGUUUUUGGAUAAAGCAGAUAAAGCAGAUCAAGAAGCCAUGGACGUUGUCGAAAUUUCCUCUAAUAAAAACAAAAGGAAUGAAAAAUAUGCCGAUGUAUUGAUGUUGAGUGAAUGGCUUGUUGAUAUACCUACAAAUUUAUCAUCUGAAUGGAUUAUGGUACCUUGUCCAGUUGGAAAAAGAUUAAAGGGCGUAACAUCGGCAUAUAAUAAAAAAGGAAAUCGGUUUAAACAGUUUCGAUCAUAUUUACCGGGAUCUAUUCGUAGCAAAGGAUCAGAAAAUGCCACUCUUUUGGAUUGCAUUCUAUCGUAUGAAACGAAUACAUUUUAUUGUUUGGAUGUAAUUGUUUGGAACGGUAUCAUCCAGUCAGAUGUAACUUUCGAUUGCCGAUUAUUCUUUAUUAAUUCGCGAAUUAAUGAGAAUCAAAACUUUGGCGAACGGUCGAAAGAAAAUCCUUUUGUUUUCAAAUCUCUUCCUUAUUGCUACUGUCAAAUAAAUGCAAUGGAGAACUUGUUAAAAUCCAAUUUGGAUUUUACGAUUGAUGGAAUUUUAUUUUAUCAUUCUCAGGUUUUUUAUAGGUCUGGGCAAAGUCCACUCGUUGGUUGGCUAAAGCCAUGGAUGUUACCGGAAAUACUGAACGUAACCGUCCCACAAAGAUUAAUGGACGGCAAAGAAACUGAGAUUGGUGCUUCUCAGAAAUUUAUCGAUAAUUAUAAUAUUGAACAUAAUCAUAUUAGCUCAUUAAAAUGA